UUGGGACAAAUCUUAAGAUGUCCAACGAUGUACAUUUGGCCAAAGUUAGUAAAAUCCACAGAAAUGCAACGACAAAGGGCGCGCUCACUAGCCGCAGCAACUUCCGUCUGAGUAGUAAAGGCGGAGGCGAAGUUAUUGACGAUAUACGCCCACCUACAGAUGAGGAAUAUCUGUUUGGCAGCAUAAGCCCCCGAGGCGGUUGUAUCCCGAUGGCACAACACUUUUCUGGAGGGGAUCCAUUGGAUUCUCCAGACCACACGCAGCGCGACACAACUGAAAGUGAUAACAACAUAAGUUCCUGCUCUACAUUGGACAUCGUUAACAAGGUGGAUAAUCUUUCCCUGCAACAAUUGGAAACUAAAGUACGCGAGCUCACCCAAUUGCUGCAUCAGGCUGAAGAACAAAAGUCCGCAAUUCAACAACAACUAGAGGAAUGCAAGGCAGAAAAGGAACUAUGUCUACGAAGACUUGAAGUGGUUAGUGCAGCCCAUGAGUGUCGCAUCACUGAGAUGCACUGUGUCAUUGCAGAGCUAAGCAAGAAACUACGCAGUAAACAGGAAUCUACAAUAUUGGAAGAACAGGAGCCUGAGGGAAGUGAAAUUAGUUACCAAGAGGGCUCAGUCUACAAUUCCGAAUUAAAUUUAACAAACCCCGAUGCAGAAUGUCAAACGGAUCCUCUCGAAGAAGCAGAAUAUUCACAUGCAGAAGUUGAUCACAAUUUAUGCAGUGAGGUUACCGAUGAAAUAAAAAUCUCCGAUAUUAACUACAAGGCACAGGUUGAGGCAUUGCAAGAAGAGAUACUGCACCUGAAGGCACAAGUGGCGUUACUACAAUCGGAAGUCAAUGCUAACUGCACAACUGGUGUAGGUGUUGGCUCUGCUGUAGAGGAGCCACCAAGCAUUGAGCACUUCGGGGCCGAUGUUGCUACCCAAAGCCUGGACUCUCCUUCCCUACAAUUAACGCACAAAGACGUUGAUGAUCAGGAGCUGAAUGACUUGAAUAACACGUCUACACUGACCGCUGUCGAAGAUCCAUAUGUCACUAGUCCACACAAAAUUCCGGCAAUUCCUAAAAUGGCUGAACGUGUCCGAUUGAAAUGCGCAAGUAAAUCCGAAAUGGACAAUAUAACAGGAAUAGAUCUGCGAAAUAUGGAGAUAAAAAACGCCAACAUUGUCGAGCAUUUGGUCUCUGACUUGAAGCAAAACAACAGCAGCCUAAUGGAGUCGUUUAUUGAACCCUCUCAAUUGGACAAUGAAUUGCAACGCCUGCAACGUAAAGUUGAACACUUAAAAGUACAGAACACGGUACUCUCACUCACUUUAGAUGAAUCGAAGGAACAUUGUGAGCGUCUAUACUUGCUGUGUGGCAAAUACGAAUCGAAUGCGAUUGCUUUACAGGUGGCCUUAAAUUGCAGUGACCGUGCAAUUGAAGCAUACGAUGUCAUGCUCGCUUUAUUGGAAAGCAAGUUGGGCCUCAUUAAGGAGAAAUCUGCAGCGGCCGAAGAAAGUCGAAAAGCAGUUGAAUCAGUUGCCAGACAUUUGUUGGAUCGCUUAGAAAGCGAAAAAAAUAUUUGUGAAAAUAGUUUAGGCCCUUGGCAAAAUAGUUUUAGUAUUCCCGAUAAAGUGUCUUCUAAACCAUGGACACCAGAGGAUGACAACCGUUUACGCUACCAUGUUUCAAAAUUAAAAGGUAGACGUGCCACAGUCCAAAAUACAAUUGUACAGCUGGAAUCACCAUUUAGUGAUUCUUUUGAAAAGUCACGAUUAGCUUUGGAAAACAAAAAGGAAUUGAGUGGCAACAAAGAGAAAUCCUCUGCACUGGACUUGGAAAUGGCUGUACUGAUGCAGGAACUAUUGAAUCUCCGUGAGGAAAAUAUCGCCUUAAAAACCAAGGCAGAGCAAGCAGAACGAGACAAACAGUAUGCAAAUGAUCGAAUAGAAGUCUUACACGAAGCCCUGAGUAAUUUCAAACAACUGCAAUUGCAAUUCAACUCGGAUUCAACGGAAUUGUUUAACCAUCAACACCACCAACGGCAAAGUCAUUUAGAACAACAACGAACAUCUUAUUCAGAAGCGGAACAUGCAGCUCUAACCGAACAGCAAUUGAUCGAAGCCCUGGGUAGAGAGACAGAACUCAAGGGGCGUAUACAAUGUCUGAUAGCCUCGGUCACUGAGACACAAAAAAUGUCAGAUGAAAAAUAUGAACAUCUACACACCAGUGUCAGGGAAUUGCAGAAAACCAAUCUGAGUCUUACACAGAUUAUUGAGCAGAAUAAACGCAAAUACCAAACACGGAUCCGUCGCCUGGAGCAAAAAAUAAUGGACAUUUCUUUGGAAAUGGGUCGCCAGCAGCAUUUGGCCAAUGAUGUUCCUCACAUAGCAUUCGGUGCAAAUAAAUACAAAUACAGACAACAUACAUCAUCACAUAAUUCAAACGUAACCCCACCACCCACAUCUUCUGCAGCCCAUCUAAGGCAUGCAGAAAAUGUUCCCGAAACCACAUUGUAG